UUCAUAAAUCACUGAAAAGCAACCCUGAAGCAUGAAGGUAGGGCGGCAGUUAUAUUUGGUUUGCACCAAACAUUCAGGACACUCGGGUUAAUUUUAGAGUCCUGAGAGCACGGUUAUUAAAAAAAAAAGCUUUCAGGUUUGUCACAAGGCUUCUAGCAAAAUUCAGGCAUGAUGUAAUGUUCAUCUCUUUCAGAAGUGGUUUCCUUCUUGUCAAAGAGAGCCAAAUCUGCAGUGCUGAGAAUAUUGAUGUCAGCCAAAAUGCUCUGCAUCGUGGUCCGUAGUGUAGCUGGCCUCUUGGUCACCCAUAUGACAUCUUCCCUCUUUUUUUCUCUUGCUCAGUUAGGCCUGGAUUGUGCCCAGUGUUUCUUUCAUCCAUUCUGUUCAGCUGAACUUAAUGUGUUUAGGGAGAUAUAAAGCUCUGCCUCUGCCAAUAAUAUUAUAACCUUUUGAAGCUUUUGUAAUUCUUCAGUUCUUCUGAAAGUUCAGUUUCACGGGCUGAUCUUUUGUUUUAAUGAAUAGAAGCAGUCCAACAGUAAAAUAACUGAUUAUAUCACCUAAUUUAGUGUAUUUAAAACAGUUUUCGACUUCUGUGGAACAUGAGUUUUUAGGCUGUCAUCUGCCUGAUAUUCUCAAUCCUCAAAAAAGUAUCAGGAACAGCAUACGGUACAAUCGCCAUGAAUCUUGACAGGCUUCGUAAAAGAGUGAGACACUACAUCGAUCAGCAGCAGUAUCAAAGUGCUCUGUUCUGGGCUGACAAAGUAGCAUCUUUAUCACAUGAGGAUCCUCAAGACAUUUAUUGGUUAGCACAGUGCCUUUAUUUGACAGCACAGUAUCACAGAGCUUCUCAUGCGCUCAGAUCUCGCAAACUUGACAAGUUGUACGGAGCCUGUCAGUAUCUAGCUGCAAGAUGUCACUAUGCUGCCAAAGAAUACCAACAAGCUCUAGACAUUCUGGACAUGGAGGAAGCAGCCAGUAAAAAAAUAUUGGAGAAGAAUGUAAAGGAGGAUAGUGGCUCAAGAGUAACCGUAAAGGAAUGGGAAAUGUCUCCUGCCUCAAUCAAUAGUUCCAUCUGUCUCCUGCGGGGGAAGAUCUAUGAUGCCAUGGACAACAGACCCCUAGCCAUGUCUAGCUACAAAGAGGCCUUGAAACUGGACGUCUACUGCUUUGAAGCCUUUGACCUUUUGACGUCCCAUCACAUGCUGACCGCCCAAGAGGAGAAAGAUUUCUUAGAUUCUCUGCCCUUAAGUCAACAAUGUACAGAAGAGGAGGUGGAAUUGCUGCAUUUCCUUUUUGAAAAUAAAUUAAAGAAGUAUAACAAACCUAGCGAGAUGGUCGUCCCAGAAAUAGUCAACGGUCUCCAGGACAACUUGGACGUUGUCGUCUCCCUCGCAGAGCGACAUUAUUACAACUGUGACUUUAAAAUGUGCUACUCUCUUACCUCAAUGGUUAUGGUGAAAGACCCGUUUCAUGCUAACUGUUUGCCAGUGCACAUAGGAACCCUUGUUGAGCUAAGCAAAGCAAAUGAGUUGUUUUACCUUUCUCAUAAACUGGUGGAUUUGUAUCCCAGCAAUCCAGUUUCGUGGUUUGCUGUUGGUUGUUACUAUCUCAUGGUUGGGCAUAAAAAUGAACACGCAAGGCGGUAUCUGAGUAAAGCCACCACACUGGAGCGCACAUACGGACCAGCAUGGAUAGCAUACGGUCACUCGUUUGCUGUGGAGAGCGAACACGAUCAGGCCAUGGCUGCGUACUUUACUGCUGCCCAGCUCAUGAAAGGAUGUCACUUGCCCAUGCUGUACAUCGGUUUGGAGUAUGGACUCACUAACAACCCCAAGCUGGCAGAACGUUUCUUUAGCCAGGCCCUCAGCAUUGCGCCUGAGGACCCCUUUGUCAUACAUGAGGUAGCUGUGGUUGCCUUCCAGAAUGGAGAUUAUAAAACAGCCGAGAAGUUGUUUCUAGAUGCUAUGGAUAAGAUCAAGGCCAUUGGAAAUGAGGUGACGGUAGACAAAUGGGAGCCACUCUUAAACAAUUUGGGUCAUGUCUGUCGAAAAUUGAAGAAAUAUGAACAGGCUCUCGAAUACCACAGGCAAGCUUUGGUCCUCAUCCCACAGAAUGCCUCCACUUACUCAGCCAUCGGUUAUGUGCACAGCCUCAUGGGAGAUUUUGAGAGUGCCAUCGACUACUUUCACACUGCACUUGGUCUUAAACGAGAUGACACAUUUUCCGUAACCAUGCUGGGUCACUGCAUCGAGAUGUAUAUCAGCGACUCGGAUGCUUACAUUGGAACUGAUAUCAAAGAAAAAGUGAGAAAGACCCUCAGCACGCCUGCACUGAUGAAGAUGCUCAACACUUCUGCUGACGGCAAUGAGAGCAGAGCACAACCCGUAGAAGAGGUCAACGUGUGCCUGGAAACGCAGUCUUUCAAUGCUGACAAACAAACCGAUGCUUUCCAACGCUUCCUCUUAGAAUGUGACAUGCAUGAGAGCGAUAUGAUGCUGGAGACGUCCAUGUCUGACACCAGCACGUGAUUGAGACCUAUAAAUGGGUCAAAGAGGAACUUUGAGCAUGAGAUGAUAAUAGAAUGUGACACUAAAGAGGACACAACCAACCCACCCUCCCUCCAUCCGCCACCCCUGCCCUGUCCUCCGUGUCGGACCCCUGUGGAUUUUUUUUUUACUAUGAAUAAAUGUAAAGAAGUGAAUGCAAAAGGGUUCAAAUGAUUUCAUCAAUAAACCCCGCAUCCAUAUUUUUUACACAGAUUUGUGUAUUCUCAUUGCUGGUCUAUUAAAACAUCGGUUUUGUGGAUGAGGCUGAGCAAAAUGUGAUAUUUACAUUGCCAAUCAGGCGAUAACAUUUAUCUGCUGACAUUUUAGAAAACCCUGAAAUUAGUCAACCAAAGGAAGUUACUUGCAACAACUUUGAUCAGUGAUUUUAUCAGUCAUCUCAAAUCUGUGUCUGAAGUUGAGAAUGCCCGGUAAUCUGUGCAUUUCUUGUGCAAGUCACCAAAAUCAGCCCACAGAUUUUAUCAGCUUUAUUCUUUUUGGGAAAUUUGUUUUCGUAACGCUUUAUAAAACUUGAAGCUUUGUCCAACCAGAUCAGUAGUGAAAUACAAGAAUAUGAUGAUUAAUAUGAUUUGUGUGAUAACAGUGUACACUUUUGGUCAUUAAAGAUUUUUUUUUUUAAUGUUUCUGAAA